AUGCCAAAUGGGAACUUGGACGGAUGGCUACAUCCAGAAACGGAGAUACAGAAGAGUAGCUUGACCAUAAUUCAGAGAAUGAAUAUCAUAAUAGAUGUGGCCUCUGCACUUCAUUAUCUCCACCAUCAGUGCCCAACACCCAUAAUUCACUGUGAUAUAAAACCACAAAACAUUCUUCUUGAUGAAGAUCUCACAGCUCAUCUGGGUGAUUUCGGUUUGGUGAGACUCCUUCCUGAAUUCAGUAAUGCACCGGAACCACAUCUGUUUAGCUCACUUGGAGUUAUGGGAACCAUUGGCUAUGCAGCUCCAGAAUAUGGCAUGGGCAGUAAGCUCUCCAUAUUAGGUGAUAUGUACAGUUUUGGGAUCCUAAUAAUGGAGAUAUUCACGGGAAGAAGACCCACAGACCCUUUGUUCCAUCCAAGCUCUAGUCUGCACCACUUUGUGGAAACAGCAUUGCCAGAGAAUGUUAUGGAGAUUCUAGACAAAACAGCUUUUCAUGGUGAGAAGAUGAGUAAAGCAACCUAUGGAGAAGAAUACUGGGCCAGUAUCAAGAAAGAACAGAUGGAAUGCUUGGUUGGCAUACUUGAGACUGGAGUUGCAUGUUCAGCUGAAUCCCCAAGAGACAGAUUGACCAUGAGACAAGUUUACAGUAAGUUGACAGCAAUUCGAGAAAAAAUUCUAAGAGCAGAAGAUGCAUGAAGAGGAGAUUUGAGGCCACAGGCUACAAAUGAAAGCAUUGGAUUAUUUGAUCUAAAAUGUUUAGCUAAUCUUACAUUCUGUCUAUUUGGUAAGAAAACAUUGUAGUCUUUCUGGAGCCACCGGAGAGUUGAUAGGGACCAUCAGGAACACCUGGAGAAUGAUACCCAGCAUGUAUUUUUUGGUGCCUA